ACCUCAGAACCUUUAUUUCGAAAAGGUCAAACAGGAAGCGUGAUUCCUGGUGCCGUGGGCUUGGCGGUGUUCAUUGUGUUGUCGUCUUGUGUAUCAAUCGCUAAUUUUGGCACUCCCAUAAAGUUGGCGCUUGGUUUUACAGUUUCCAGGCCACAGACAUCACAAUGAACCUGGAGCGGCUCCCCAAUGAGGAGAAACUCAGCCUAUGCAGAAAAUAUUAUCUAGGGGGCUUUGCAUUUCUCCCAUUCCUCUGGCUGGUCAAUGUUGUUUGGUUUUUCCGGGAGGCCUUUGUAAAGCCAGCCUACACAGAGCAACUCCAAAUUAAAACAUAUGUAAAGCGGUCAGCAUUGGGGUUGCUACUAUGGGUAGCAGUUCUCACUACGUGGAUAACAAUUUUCCAGCACUUCAGAGCAGAGUGGGGGGAAGUGGCAGAUUACCUCUCCUUCACAAUUCCACUGGGCAUUCCCUGAGACGUUUUUUAACUCCAGAUCUAUGGACCAUAACUAAGGAUCCUAUCCAGGACCAAAGAAUGUCCCUUCUUGAACUGUAUAGAGGAAAAUUGUUGUGGGUGUGUCUGGCUCUGGAGCGAAAUUGUACAAACAAAUUAACUGAUACUAUUGAAGUUAACUGAUGCCAAUUGAAGCUUUUCACACUUUGAGUUAUGCCUUGUGUCUUUGAAAGGUAGAUGUUGGAUGGGGGGAAAAAAUGCUGUUUUAUUUUAUUCACACUGGUGAUUUUUUUUUUUUUCCCCACACUUACUUACAAGGCUUUUGAGAGUUCUGAUGGUCUUAGAGUAAUUAGUCAACAGUUUUAAUGAUUGCAAUAUCUAACUUAAAUGACGGAGCAGGACAUACAGGCUUCAAGAUUUUACAGGACAUAGACAAUAGAUAACAAAAUAAUCAUUGUUUUCCUUGGUUUAAUCGACUUACAAAUACUGCACCUUUUCCCAGAAUGUUAUGUGUGAUAGGUUUAUGUAUGAUGGUACACGUAAAAAUAUUUUUUACUCGUGUAUGAAUGACAAAUAAAAAAAGUAUUCAUCAA